UGGGAUGGUGGGACAGGGAGGGAGGGAAGGGCUGGUGGGUCAGUUUGCAGCUUCUUCUGAAUACUUCUCACAAGCUAAUUCAGAGUUACUAAACAUAUAGACUGUGCUAGAGCUUGAGGAGAGAGCGUGGCGUUUAGUAGGGGAGUUGCUGUGCAGUAUUUUUCCUCCAGGUUUCUAUUUCCUUUUGGUUGUCCUCUGGGAUACGAGAGAGAGCCAGGAUCACAGCAAGUUCUUACUUUUAGGAAUAAGGUCAAAUCCUGUUUUCUGUCCUGGAACUUUUCCAGCUCAUCCUGUGCAUUGAUAUUCAGUGUGGACUGUCCUCUUGCAGAUGCCCACUGGGAAUUCUGUGAAGAUCUGAAGCUGGCGCAAUGUCUCAGCUCCUGCACAUGGAGAUCCCCAACUUUGGCAGUGCGGUGCUGGACAGCCUGAAUGAGCAACGACUGCUGGGCCAGCACUGUGACGUGGCCAUUAUGGUGAAUGGGCAGGCCUUCAAGGCCCACCGUGCCGUGCUGGCUGCCAGCAGCCUUUACUUUCGUGACCUCUUCAGUGACAGCAGCCAGACUCUAUUCGAACUGCCCUCUUCGGUGGCCCCGUCCUGUUUCCAGCAGAUUCUGUCUUUCUGUUACACGGGCAGAAUGACAGUGACAGCCAGUGACCAGCUCAUGGUCAUGUACACAGCCGGUUACCUGCAGAUCCAGAACAUUGUGGAGCGUGGGAUGGACUUGAUGUUCAAGGCCAAUGCUCCAUUCUGUGACUCGCAGACAUCUGCCACAGACGAUCCUCCCAGCCCAAACAACAACAACGCCUCACUGUUGCUAGGCGACCGGCCUACGGCUGUCUGUAAAAUUAAAGAGGAGAAGCUGGAGACCCCUGUGUGUACUCAGAGCGGCGAGCUUAAGCAAACUGACGAUGAUGCCAAGGGACUUCGGAGCAGAUCUUUGAGGGGGAGUGCACUUUUCUACACCACUGGAGCCGGAAACGGGACCCUUAGUGUAGUUCACCCGUAUGAGCACUCAUCAAGAGAUCACUCAAGCCCCGGAGCUUCCAGCCUUCCCACAACAGACAGCCCCACUUCCCAUCAGAACGAGGAAGAGGACUUUGAAGAUGACUCAUAUGACAACCUCACCAGCGGGAAGAUCUACGGCGUCUCGGCUAGUCUCUAUGGCAUGCAUGAGAAGAUGGAGGUGUCCUCCCUGCCUCCAUCCCUGGAGAGCCGCUUCUGUACGUUACUCGGAGGGGACAGAGAAGCUCUUCCUGCCGGUCUUAUCAGCCAGAUUGGCUACCGUUGCCACCCUGCACUUUACACAGAGGGAGAUCCGGGUGAGAGGCUGGAGCUGAUAGCAGGAUCUGGUGUGUUCAUGACACGUGGGCAGCUGAUGAAUUGCCACUUGUGUGCUGGGGUCAAGCACAAAGUCCUUCUCCGGCGCCUGCUUGCUGCUUUUUUUGACAGGAAUACACUGGCAGACAGCUGUGGGACAGGCAUCCGCUCCUCCAACUGUGAUCCCAAUCGAAAACCUCUGGACAGCCGUAUACUCAACACGGUCAAACUUUACUGUCAGAACUUCGCCCCAAACUUCAAGGAGAGCGAGAUGAAUGUGAUCGCUGCAGACAUGUGUACCAACGCACGCCGGGUUCGUAAGCGCUGGCUGCCCAAGAUCAAGUCGAUGCUGCCUGAGGCCAUUGAGGUGUACAGGGGCUCUGUGGUGUUAGGCCAGGUAGACGGUGUCACCCAGCCCAGUCCUUCCUUUCUGUUUGAUUCUGACUUCAAACACUUGGCCCAGGCGAACCUGACACUGGAGCAGCAUCUCUAUGGUGACUGCAGAGAGACACUGAGAAAUCACUUCUCCGGAGCAGUCAUGGAGGAGAGAGCCAGCACAGAGGCAAGCAAGGCUGAAUCGCUGCGAUCACGCUCCGGGGACAACUCAGAUGACGUGGCUUCGAGGCAUCUGGAGAACUCAGAGAGAGAAGGGACAGUCCUCGCACUGAACCCGGCCAGUAAGAGAGUUGAUGGUGAUAGUAGCCCCAAAAGCCAGCCAGAGGACCACAGUGAAGAGCAAGCAUUGGUAGAAGAGCAACAUUACGUUGACUCCAUCUCUGGGCUCCCAACUGAGACCCGCAAACACGACCAUAAGAAAGACAGUGGAGUAUUUGCCAGCAUUAAGGAGAUGCGCCGUGUUUCCACUGUCCCAGAAGAGCCGGAGACACUGAGCGAACCUCAGCCAUGGAGGGAAGCACUGAAUCAGACAUACGACUACUUUGCUCUGCUUUUUCCAGUCUACAUUUUCUGGAAUACAUACAGUAACAUAAACAGAGAUAACACAUUGUGUGAGACUGUUGUUCUCACGUCUAAAAUUACACACGGUGACAAAAACAACUCCAUUUAUUAAUAGCUUCUUUUAAUGUUAGUAAUCAUAUCCUGCUUGAAACAUGAUAAGAAUUCUCCAUCUCUAGCGAAAGUCUUUGAUGUUUUAUUUUAACCAUGUUUCUAGAAAACAAUGCACAAUGAUGGAUUGCACUGAUCUGUAUUUUACUGGACCUUUAACCAGAGAGCUACUAUCUUGCAGAUCUGCCCAGUUUAUCUGAAAGGUGUAGAAGCACAGCAGGUCCCACACGCUCAAGAUAAGAGGACUCAGACUGUUGAGCUGGUCAGCUAGCCAGCAAUCUGCAAACCCAACAGGCCAGAGAGGAGCUGUCAAGACCUUCCACUGUGGAUACACAAGAGGAGCAAUGCUGCUACAGAAAGAUGCAAUACAUCAUGGUAUCUCACACACACACUCAUUCACAGGUGGAUUUUUUUUUACACAAGGAAGAACUACACUAUAGAGAGAGAGAGAACAAUUUUUGCAAUCAUCUGUUUAUUGCUUAUAAAGUAAAAAAAUUACAAAAGCUACUCUACAGCAAUGCAGGCAGUGUUUGCUGCUGUUCCCACUGCAGUACGAUUCUGAUACUAACACAUGCAAUCAGUCAGAACGCAGCGGUGGUCCGUAUCGAAGUAAAUGUAAUUUGUUACCGUACUUAAGUAGUAGUUUUUUCACGUAUCUGCACUUUACUCAAGUAUUUCCAUUCGGGGAGAC